UUCCAUAACUUGCCUGAUAUGUAAAGCGCAGUUACAGGGCCGCGUCCCAAUCCGCUCGCUCCUCCCUCUCUGGGCGGCCUACAUCAGAUACACGUUGAAGGCUGCAGUGCACUGCGUGUGUAAUAAAAGCCGGCGUGUUUGGGACGCGGUCCGAGUCCAACCCUCCCCCUCAAUCAAAUCGCAAGAUGGCUUCACUGCCGCUGGUUCGCGCUGCGCUCCUCGUCGCCUUCUCCGUCUUCCUCACGCUCCUCCUGGCCUUCGGGCUGCCCGCGGCUCUCACCUGGCUCGCGCACUGUGCGGGUUUCGAGGAGGAGGCUGGGGCCACGCACUGUCUCGCGCUGUUCUACGCGCUCUUCGUGCUGUGCGUGGCCAUGCCCAGGAUCCCGCGCGGAUCUGUCUCGGUUGAUGGGAAGGCGGUGUUCGUUACUGGAUGUGACAGCGGCUUUGGUCACCAUUUAGCCAAGCACCUUCAUAAAGUGGGCUUCACCGUGUUUGCCGGAUGCUUUUUGAAGGAUCAGGCUGGCGAGGGGGCGGUGGAGCUGGAGAACAUGCACUCUGACAGACUGAAGGUGCUGCAGCUGGAUGUGUGCAGUGAUGAGCAGGUCUCUAAAGCUGUGGAGUUCAUCAGGGCCAACCUGGAAGACCCAGAGAAAGGUCUGUGGGGUGUGGUGAACAACGCCGGCGUCUCCAUGUUCGGGGAGGUGGAGUUCACCACCAUGGACACAUACAAGCAGGUUUCAGAGGUCAACCUGUGGGGAACCAUCCGAGUGACCAAAGCUGUUCUCCCGCUCAUCCGUAGAGCGAAAGGGCGUGUGGUGAACAUAGCCAGCAUGUACGGCCGGAUGGGAAACGCUCUGCGCUCUCCGUACUGCGUCUCUAAAUACGGCGUGGAGGCCUUUUCCGACUGCCUCAGGUACGAGAUGAAGGUCUGGGGGGUCAAAGUGUCCGUCGUGGAGCCGGGGAACUUCAUCAUGGCUACGGGGAUCCUGACGCGCGACAUCGUGGCCUCUACGGCCGAGAAGCUGUGGAAGGAGGCGCCCCCUGGUGUGCAGGAGGACUACGGGAAGCCCCACUUCGAGCACUACAUGGCCCUGAUGCGCUCUUACUGCAACAGCGGCCAGCGUGACCUCACGCCCGUUUUGGACGACAUCACAGAUGCCGUCAUAUCCAAACGGCCAUACACGCGCUACAACCCCAUGGAGCCUUACUGGUGGAUUCGCAUGCAGGUCAUGAGCCAUCUCCCAGGAGCCAUUUCAGACCGCCUGUAUUUCUGAAGCGUUCUCUCUCUCUCUCUCACUCUUUCUUGCUCUCUCUCUAUCUCUCUCGCUUGCUCACUCACUAUCUAUCUCUCUCGCUCGCUCACUCACUCUCUAUCUAUCUCUCUCGCUUGCUCACUCACUCUCUAUCUCUCGCUCUGUCUCUCUCUCACUCUCUAUCUCUCGCUUUGUCUCUCUCGCUCACUCUCUCUCUCACUCUUGCUCUAUCUCGCUCGCUUGCUCACUCUCUAUCUCUCUCUCUGUCUCUCGCUCGCUCGUUCCCUUUCUCGCUCUAUCUCUCGCUCGCUCUCUCUUGCUCGCUCUCUCUCUCUCUCUCUAUCUCUCUCUCUCACUCUCUCUCUGCACACGCUGACUGAGGCUUAAUUGCACUUCAAUAACACAUGAUCAUCAUCACACUUUCCUUACAAUUCAUCCUUAACACUCUGCUGAUGCUCCUAUUCCACAUGGAAAUCGAACAAUUCACGGUUAUAUAACAACCCCGUGACAUUUCUCAUGAGUUCUGUAAGCAAACUCGGACAUUCCUGACACUCGAGUGACAUCUGAUCACUCCAGCGUUUUUUUCACCCUGAUCCUAUGUGACCCUAUGUGGGAUUAUCAUGGACAGGAAACUGAUUUGACACGUGGUCUGCCGAGGUAGCACAAACACACAGCAAAUAGCGUUCUCCUCCUCCGAGUGACGCGGCCCGAGCAGCAGUUAGAGAAGAUGCGGUCGGCUGGCUUCACGUGUCUCAGAGGAAGCACGUGAUAGCUUUCAGAGACAUUCCCGGUCGGUAGCUGUUGUAUGAUAGGACAGUGCUGACUGGUGGGCGGGACUAAAUUAGGGAGAUAACCGACACAUUUCCUGGCUCUGAGAAAGGAACGAUUGAAUUCAUUUGUAACCAGUAAACAUUUUAAACCACGACAGCCGUUCGAGAACAUUUCUAAACCCCGGAGCGAUAAAGAAAUAAAACGAGUCUGGUUUGUUUACCGUU